GAGGAGAGAGAUGUGAAGGUGGGGCGACGCCAAGGUCUGCAUUGAACAUUACCGUCUUGGAUAAUUGAGCUCCACCGUGAUUUAUGGGAUGUUGGGACCUCUCUGGAGUCGGUCGUAGCCAUGAACAAGGCUCCUCUUAAGUAUUUAGAGGAAUAUGGCAGAAGGGAAGGGAGACUAACGCAGGGAAUUUAUCAGAUGCUCUGUUGCCUGUUUGAACCUUGAGAGAGAUUGCUUAAAUGCUGGCGGGUAUCUGUUGAACGUUGAACUCAGUUUUAUCGCAAGUAGCCUCCGUUCAGUCAGACUAGUUAGGCGAAGCUAGAGAAAGAAUUAAAGAGAAAUUGAGGGCCAAACCAUGCUGGAAGUAAUUAUGACAUUAAAUAUCUCAGUUCUUGAAGGUUUUCAGGUAAACUAAAAUAACCAUAGAUAUAUAAGUCUCCCACGGCCUGAUGCCUUCUUUUGAUACUUAAAAGCAACUAUAUUAUAUACAGUCUGACUUAGUUUGAGCUCUUCCUUGUAUGACCUAAUUUUCCAGGAAGUUGAGAAAAGUAAAUAAUAUAAAGUCCCAAGUCUGAAUGACUAUAUUAGCUGGAGACAAAUUUGAAACUGUUCAAUUUGUUCUGAUAAGAGAUAGCUGGCCAGAACUGGCCAUAAAAAAUAUUUGGUGCACUAUGUCAGUUUUAGCCAAAUCAAGUUGGUUCAUAUUCGAUUUUGUAACCAUUAAAUAGGUCAGCUGCAUAUUAUUAUUACGCAACUGUAUGUCAUAGAAUUCAAAGCAAGGUAUUGUAAAUAAGGGUUAUGGUGUUUUACCUUAUUGGUCUGGGGUUGGGCGACCCCUGUGAUGUGACAGUGCGGGGGUUGGAGGUCAUCAAGAAUUGUGAACGUGUCUAUUUGGAGGCAUACACAUCAAUCAUCAAUGGUGGAAAGGAGGCUUUGGAGAAAUUUUAUAAUCGUGAGGUAAUAUUAGCUGAUCGGGAGCAAGUUGAACAAGCAUCAGAUGACUUGUUCGUGGGUGCUGGGUCCAGCGAUGUUGCACUACUAGUGGUGGGAGACCCUCUUGGUGCCACAACACACACGGAUCUCAAACUGCGGGCACACCAACUGGGUAUUCCAGUUGAGGUCCUGAGUAAUGCUUCUAUUAUGAAUGCAGUGGGUUGCUGUGGGCUGCAGCUAUAUCACUUCGGAGAAACUGUGUCUAUUCCUUUUUGGCAAGAUGGGUGGGAACCUGUCAGCUUCUGUGAGAAGAUUAACAGAAAUCUGCGGAAAAAACUCCACACACUCUGUUUAUUAGAUAUUAAGGUAAAGGAGCAGAGUUUGGAGAACUUGCUGAGGGGAAGAAAGAUCUUCGAACCACCACGGUAUAUGCGAGUCAAUCAGGCUGCUCAGCAGCUCCUGAGUGUGAUUCAGAGACACAGCCUGGGGUCUCCGGAGAGUAACAGGGUUCCUGGCGAUGAAAAUAUGUGGCUCCUAACAGAAGACACUCAGUGUGUGGGCAUUGUGAGAGUUGGGACACACUCACAGCACAUAAAGAGAGGCACCCUAAAAGAAUUAGCAGAGUCCGACUUGGGUGAGCCGCUCCAUUCUUUGAUUGUGUGUGGAGAGUGUCACCCAAUGGAAGAAGAAGCCUUAACCAAGUUGGCUGCAUAUUACAAUGGAUGCCAAACUGAACACCGUAAUUCUACUGGAAAACGAGGCACUUUUCAUAUAGUUGGCCUUGGGCUUGGCCAGCCAGGUGACGUGACAGUGAAAGGCCUCGACAUCAUUAGGCAGUCAUCACGAGUAUAUCUGGAAGGGUACACCUCCAUCAUGGCAGGCGGUGUCGAGGCUAUGGAAGCCUUGUUUUGCAGAAAGAUUAUUGUUGCAGAUAGAGAAAUGGUCGAACAAAACUCAGAAGAGAUCCUACAGAGUACUCAAGAUGGAGAUGUUGCCUUCUUGGUCAUUGGGGAUCCAUUUAGUGCAACUACUCACACAGAUCUUGUGGUUCGUGCUUUAGAUAAAAAUAUUCCCAUAAAUAUUGUUCACAAUGCAUCAAUUUUGAAUGCUGCUGGUUGUUGUGGACUCCAGCUUUAUUCAUUUGGAGAGACCGUAUCCAUACCAUUUUGGCAAAAUGGGUGGCAGCCAGACAGUUACUAUGACAAAAUUUGCAGUAAUUUGGAAAAUGGUUGGCACACACUGUGUCUGUUAGACAUUAAGGUGAAAGAACAGAGUACAGAAAACAUGGUCAAGGGUCGUAAGAUAUACGAACCUCCGAGAUUUAUGACGGUAUCACAGGCUGCUACACAGAUUCUUAAUGUCAUAAACAAUAGGGCAUCAGAAGGGAAGGCAACCCCUUUAAUUCCAGAUCAGCUAGUAAUAGGAAUGGCAAGGAUAGGCACUAGUACACAGCAGUUAAAAGCGUGUACAUUAGAGGAGAUGGCUGAAGUUAACCUCGGUAAUCCAUUACAUACACUUGUGAUAGUUGGAGAAACACAUCCAAUGGAAGAUGAAUAUGUUGAUAUGUACCGAUCCUAGGGACAAGCAUUUUUUGUUAAUGAUACGGGAUCAUUAAUUAAGAUAUGUGUGCUGAAUGACGUACAUGGUUCUGCUACUUGACUUUGAACCCAAAAUUAUAAAAGUCCUUCCUUUCUAGAGAAUUGUUAUACUGAACGCCUUAUCUUUCAAGAGUACAGUAAAAGUAUUUACUAAUGUACUAGUUGUGCUAUAUGUCCUUGAAUGGCAGUAUAUUACAUUUUCUGUGCCAUUUAGAUGUUCUAUUGUGCACUGUCAUCAUUAUUACAUUACAUUACAUUAGUUUUGAUAUGGUCUUGUACUGAUUUUGAGGAAUUAAUUAUGCCAGUUAUGUUUAUCAAUGUUGUGUCUGUUUUUCUCUCCCUCCUCCCUUUUUAUAUCUAUGAAAAUGUUUGCAUCAGGAUGAGCAUAUAUUUCACAAACAUUUUCUAGUUUUUGGUAAGGAACGUUUGAGUAAAUGGUUUGCUGGAUGUGGUUAAAAUGUUUAUUUGUGUUCAAAAUGAUGUCUUUCACUUGUUGUAUUCCUAAUGUGCCAAACUACAUUACAGGUAUAACAUGAUACUUUAACAAACUGCAAGUUGCUUAUUAACUCCCAAUGGAAGGAAAAGGGUAUUUACUAUUGCUUGGGCUGUGUGAGUGAGUGAGAGUUACUCUGCAUUUCAGUGAGCACCUUCCUUAUUUUGUUUAUAAUUUAAAACUUUCACAGUGUUCAAAUACUUCAGAAAGACCCAAAUAUAUUCUGUAUAGAAUCUUAGAUAGUGUAAAGAUAUUUUAGAAUAUUAUUGAAUCAUGUGACAAGAUUACUGACCAGUCUCUAGACAGCACCAAAAUAUAGGACUUCAUUUGAAAGUUUUUUUUUGUCUGGUUAUGGGCCUACUCUAGGCAGAUGUUGAGUUGAGAAAAUUUGUCACUUAGUAAAAUAUCAUAAGUCAUCUCUUGAUUUUGGUGUUUGUAUACAUGAACCCUUUUAAUAUAAUGACUGUUUAUGAAUGUUGAAUAUCUUUUUAAUGACCUGUGCAAUGGAUGCUCAAGUUUUUUUUCACUUUAUUCCUGGUAACAAUUUAGAUUGGAUUUAUAUCAUUUAGGCAUUAAAGUACUUAUUUAUUGAUAAAUGUUUAGGAAAUCAUCAGAAAUUUGUCUUAGAGAGCUGGACUAUCACAGUACAGUAAUUUAAAAGAGCUUGAAUAGAAUUGUAUAUAUUUCAUGAUAAGAGUAGAAAAGCUGGACAAUGGCUGCUGUACCUUUUUACUACUGGUACAAAAUCCGCUAGAAAAAAUUAAAUACACUUGGUUAUUUGCUUGGCAGUCAAGGUGAGAGCCCAGCAUAGUCUUACCAGUGUCUUCAGAGAUAUGGCAGGAGAGAGUUGUGUUCUUUUCAAUAAAAUUAAAGCCACGUCUUCUUAUUCUACAUAAUUUUAAAUUGAUAGAAUUUUAUUUAAAAUUAAUUAAAGAGUAGUAAGAAAUAACUGGAAAAUUAUUUUCAUUAAUUGAAAAUUAUAAAUUUAUGAUAUAAUUAUAAAUUAACUUAUAAAUUCAAUAUUAACCCCAUUUGGAAAAUACAAAUGUGAUAAUUGGCCAUUGUAAAUCUACCUUCUGCAGAUAUUUGGCAUAAACAUUAGAUUUAAUUAUUGUAGUUUGUACAAUUCGGUAAUUGGUUUUAAACUGGGAAAAAUACCAUUCUUGUUUAAAGCGGCCUGUACUCAGACUUCCUAGCAUUUUAAACCAUUGCACUAAAGUGCCCUGAACCCAUCCCAAGAACCCACGAACUGAAAAUAUGGGACAUCAUUAAUUUUGCAAGCCACUACCAUUUUUUGUAUACUGUAUCAGCUUUUGAACUUCGGUAAAGUAUAAGUCAAAAUGUAAUGUGCUAUUAGGACAAGUUGUGUAAACAUGUUUUUAUGUUUAGCUGCAUUGAAAGGGUUAAAGGUCUGUGAUAAUUGUAAAGACUUAAAAGUUUUAAUGCAAAGAAGAAAUGAAGGUGGCUUGUAUUCUUUUAUUUUUAUUAAACAAUACAUCAACUCUGGUUAUAAUAAAUGUAGUUUCAAUAUUUCACACAAACAAAUGCUGUGUGUGGAGAGUAGCCAAGACGCAUCUGUUGCUGUUGCUUGGAUGAGUGCUGAGAAUAACAUCUUGUUUCCUUGCAGCUUAACAAAUUCGUUUUGGAAUUUGCAUUCUUGUUACAGUACUGCAUUGUUAAUAAUUACUUAUUCAAAAUAUUCUAAUCUGCACAUUCAAAAUCUAGUUUUCUUACCUAGAUUCAAAUUAUUUAAAAAUUACAACUUGUACAAUGAUGCAGAGUAAUAUAUCAGUGUAAAAACAUCAUAUUUUGGUUAUUUUAUUUUUUAAACUGCCAUAAAUUUAUAUAACUAAGACCAAUAGGCAGGUUGUCUUACUGGUUAUGACAAUGUAAGUGAUGAAACCUGCUUAGUGCAGUACUUUUUAUCUUAAGUUAUUGUGAAACUUACCUGAUGGCCUCUGUAUGAAUUUUAUCAUCAGACUUUAAUCCAUAAGUACAGUAAUUAAAUGCUUUUUGUAAGGUGGAAAUGUCAAAAUAGUCAUCAUACUGUACUUUAUUUCUCUGUACCUUUUUUUUUAUAAUGCACUGUAUUUGUGAAAGUUAAAGGUAAAUUUAUGAUUGUUAGAAUUAUUUUAUUGGUUUCCUGGGAUGAGGUUUAUUGAAAUCUGUUCUUAUCAUUUUAUACUUAUUGAAACUAAACAUUUAUUAUGAAUUCUGGCACUUUUAUUGAGUGAAAGUGUCUUGGGAUGCUUUAUUUUGAUGAGAUAGAUGUUCAAGUGCAAUAAAUUGUUAGCAUUAGCCUACAAGUGUGGUACAGGUAAUUGUCAUCUUACGUUUUUACUAGCGGUGCUGUUUUGUACCUUUUUAUUAAAUUUCCCUGAACUGUACAGUAGUUUUAAAUUGUCAUUAUUCCGUCCUUGUCUCUGUUGCCGGUUAUCAGUAACCUUAUGCUGCAUGUACAUUCAAGACACGUUUGGUUUUUUUAAGCUUUGAGCUCAUUGUAUAAUUAUUAAUAAUGAAUAGAGCUUUAGGGAUACUGUAACUUUGCAUGUAGUGUAAUAAUUCAUAUUCCAAAAUAUGAAUUAUGCUGUUGAUAUUUGUUUUGGUGUUAUAUUUUUUAUACAGAUGCUUUUAAAAAGUAAACCUGUUAAUCGUAUAUUCUUAAGUCUAAUUUUGACCUUUGUUAUGAACUUCAGGAAAUAUUCGAAUGACAAAUAUUGAAUGUUUCUUUUUAAGAUAUUUCUCAAAUUGAGAAUGAAGACUGGUUUGUAAAUUUUUUAUAGCUGUUUUGGAAUAAUAUAUAUAAUUUACAGA